CUCGCCGCCGUGUCCUGAGGCGACUAGAUCGCCGGCAGCGAGAUCCACACCCGCCGCCAACGCCGACAACCCGUCGCUCCCUCCCGGCCCCGUUCUCGCUGCGAAGAUGGGGAGGAUACCGUCGCUGAAGAACUUCAAUGCGUUCCCGCACGCCGAAGACCACCUGCUGAAGAAGACUUACUCGGGUGCUAUAGUGACGAUUCUCGGGCUGAUUAUAAUGGUUACGCUGUUCGCGCAUGAGCUCACGUUUUACCUCACGACCUACACGAUGCAUCAGAUGUCUGUAGAUCUGAAACGAGGAGAAACUCUGCCAAUUCAUAUAAAUGUAUCAUUUCCUUCUUUACCAUGUGAAGUCUUGAGCGUGGAUGCAAUUGACAUGUCUGGCAAACAUGAGGUUGACUUGCAUACAAAUAUUUGGAAGCUUCGCUUAGAUAAGUAUGGCCACAUCAUUGGUACUGAGUACUUGUCUGAUCUGGUCGAAAAGGAGCAUGGGACUCACGACCAUGACCAUGGUAAGGAGCAUCCUGUAGAGGAAAAGAAGCCUGAGCACACUUUCAAUGAAGACGCAGAUAAAAUGGUUAAGAGUGUCAAACUUGCAAUGGAAAAUGGUGAAGGAUGCCGAGUGUAUGGUGCGUUGGAUGUGCAGAGGGUUGCUGGUAACUUCCAUAUAUCAGUGCAUGGUUUAAACAUUUUUGUUGCAAAUCAGAUUUUUGAAGGGUCAAACCAUGUCAACGUUAGUCAUGUUAUCCAUACUCUGUCCUUUGGUCCAGAAUACCCUGGAGUUCACAAUCCACUUGAUGAUAAUUCAAGGAUACUGCAUGAAGCAAGUGGGACAUUCAAAUACUAUAUCAAGGUUGUUCCAACAGAGUACAGAUACCUCUCAAAGAAAGUGUUGCCAACAAAUCAGUUUUCUGUGACAGAGUAUUUUGUUCCCAUGCGCCCAACUGAUAGAUCCUGGCCAGCUGUUUACUUCCUGUAUGAUCUCUCACCAAUCACAGUCACAAUCAAAGAGGAAAGACGGAACUUCCUACAUUUUAUAACUCGCCUUUGUGCAGUUCUUGGGGGUACAUUUGCAAUGACAGGAAUGCUUGACCGAUGGAUGUACCGGAUUAUCGAGUCCGUCUCUAGCUCAAAACCCAGAAGUGGAAUGCGGUAACUGUGCAUGUCUUGUCAAGUGAAGGAAGACUACCUUGUGGCCAGUCAAGUCAGUGAUAGAGCAUGUUGUUGUCUCAACUAAAGUGAUCAUAGCACGUCACCCCCUGCGGGUUUUCAUGUUUUGUCUAAUCCGUGCAUCUAUAAUUUAGAUUUAUGGUUUUAUCUUUAUAAAUCAAGUUAGAUUGGCACUAGUGCAAGUAUACAGUUUUGUUAUCAAGGAUGCACUGGAAAGUGAUGUCAUGUGGCUGAGGAACAAACUUUGAGAUACCUUGAAUUGUACCAUGGAGAAAACAUAUCGCCAGAAUGUUAAAUAGUUGAACAAACAUCCAUCCUUGUAAGAAAAUGCACAGAAAUCAAGUUGCAGAA